AUGUCCAUGUCCCUGUCCAGCCAUGUGCCCCGCGCCCCCCUCCCCCUGUCCACAUUCAAGUACGGUACUGGAUACAAAGGCGAACGAACCAGACUCGCCCACCCCCACACCAGCUCGCCGCAUCCGGCAGCCGGCCCACCACUCGACAACCACCUUCGGCAUCAACAGCAGCAGCACAACCAAGACCAACACCACCGCUGCCCUCCUACCUUCGCGAAGUCGGCCUGGUUUCCCCUAGACGUCCUGGCCUCGUCGUCUCUCGGCCACUAUCGUCCACCUGCAUUACCAGAGCUGGUCGUCGACACCAACACCAACUGGCACCCCACCGGCGGCCGUCACUUACAUACGGCAAGGAAUAGUAUGGAUGAGGAUGCCAUGGACUAUGAAAUGCAGCGCCACGAUCCUCACCAACAUGUUGGACCACGGGUAGGAGGAGGUUGCCCAGCACUGGCUGGUUGGCGCCAUGGGGACCAAUAUCGAAACAUGUGGCAGGAGCACCGAGGUUGGAGCCAGCAGUACUUCCCGCCAAUGUCCUCAGAUGCCUUCCUACAUCCUCACCACCACCCUCACCCGCCAUCUUUCCUGCAGCACUGGCCUCACAGCAACACCACCGCCACGCCACCUCGACCGGCAGACUCGACUUAUGAGGCUUCCUUCAACCACCAGAUCCCAGAGUUCAGUGCACUACCUCCAAUCUCGGCUCACCAGCCAUACUCUCCAGUGACCUUUGUCCCACCAGCACCUCGUCCUUUGCAGCGAAACCCGCAAGUCCCUCAAGGCCCAGGAGACUUCCAACACAUCCUGCACUCUCACACCAGCCCGAACUCUACGGCAGAACGCAUCGAGGUCGAUGCUCAGGGCUCCGACUCGCAAUCUGCGUCCAGAGGGGCUCUUCCUCCUGCGUCUGCGCCUCCAUCUGAGCCGAACAACGCUAGCUCUGGGCACGACACUGACGCGAACAGGCCUAACCAUCCCUCGCAUAACCCUCAGCUACGCACAAACGGCCACGGCUUCCCGCCUGGUCACCCGGAUGUGAACAUGCAACCACACGCCAGGUUACCUCCUCCCGCUUCGAAUCCCAGGGCCCAGCCUAUAGAUUCUGCCUCGAGGAGAGCCACAGUGGCGGCGUACGGCUCACGCGAAGGAUUUACGUCUCCAGCUUCUGCUUUCGCCGGUCUAAGGUCUCGGCCGGGUGCGACAUCGAACGAGGGCAACAGCGACACUGCCGCGUCUCCUGGGUCUAGCUUGGACGAUGACAGCGAUCUAGAUGAGAGCGGCUCACGUUGGCAGUAUACCGGCCUCCGCAGUGUCCGACAAGCUCAGCUCCUCCGUGGCCAGAUGUCCAACAAGCGGGUUGCGUCUCAGAAGGCUAUUAAGGCAUUGCAGAAUGUGGAGAUCGAGAGUUUGCCUGAAAAUGAGAGAACCUGCGUAAUUUGUUACAACGACUUCGGUGUGGCCAGCCCAGAAGGCAUCAACGAGCAUCCUCUUCGUUUGCCAAAGUGCAAGCACGUAUUCGGCAACCACUGCAUCCUCAAGUGGUUCGAGGAUGCCGAUAGUUGUCCGUACUGCCGGGAUAAGCUGCACUCGGAGCCGGCGCCGCCGAGUAGGGACAUGCUGCGAAGGACGUACCAGGUCGCCCGAUUCGAUGCGGACCUUGGCAUGCCCGCAUACCGUCGAGCGAUACAGGCUCUGAGGAGAGACCCUUCCGGCGUGGACAUGUAUCAUCAAUAUGCGAUGCAUCCUCGAGGUUCUCAGCCCCACGUUGAGGGCUUUCACCGAGAUGUCUCAGCUGCUGGCGAGCGGCGGGCGCCACCAGAAGACCCGAGCGACACUCAGCGGAGACAACGCCCCCGACACGAUUCUUCGAGGGUACACGACCAGCGGCAUGGAAGCCUGCUCCUCACCGGCGCCGUCACUGAACAGAGAUAUGACCCUUCGAACACUGCCUCACAGCAGCACAGUCCGGUCCGUCAGCCUUUCUCCCCUUCUCAGUUGCACAACCCACCGCAACACAACCAUUCAAACGAUUUCUGGUCUCGGAGGGCGCAGAACAUGCCUAACUUGCAACAGACAACGUACCCGCGCGCCAGUAUCAUGCAUCACGCUGUAACCAACCACCCUGCCACCCUCGCGCCUCUAGGACAGAACUUCUCAGGUUACGCACCUGCUAGUCCUCCUGUAAACGGCUCGGUGAGCGGUUAUUCUCCACAAGUACCGCACAUGGGGAAUUAUCAAAACUACUCGGCUCCACUUGGCGGUGGCAGCCUACAAGCCCCGGCUUCAGCGGAGCUUCCACUCCCAACAUCAUUUCCAGGGCCACCACCAACCCACUCGGCAUUCUCUCAACAGCUCCCUCAUAUGAGUCAGUUUCGAAACCCUGCUUACACACAAUACAACCAAAGCCUGGAAUAUGGACGGGCCGAUCAGAAUGUGGUAAUCUCGAGUAAUGGCUUUUAUGCUCCGAACUAG